CUGUGUUUUAUUACAGUGCUAACACCAAAGUCCGAAGCACUGAUUAGGAGAAGAGCAGGAAGGGAUUUGAAAACGUCAUCUAAUCGUCGUCGAGUGUCGGAACCUCUGACGCAGAAUCCUUCAUCACUUUGGAAGGGUUUGACUGUUGAGCGGGAUCCUUUCAAUCCUGGGGAGUUGUUCGAGCCUGCUGGAAUUAGGCGCGAAAAUUUUGUUGGUGGGGGUGCUCAGUUCAUCAGUUUCGAUCAGUGCUUUCGCGCUACGACGCCAGAAAGUAUCAGCAACGAUCCAGUUUCUUGUGAAAGUGACGCAGAGAUUUUAUCGAAAGAAGUUAUUGAAAGUUUGUUCUCCGGGAUUGCUUUAACACCUCCUGGGACUGAUCCCAAAGAUCGUUCUUCCACUUUUUGGAAGCCAGAGCAAAGUAAAGCAGCUCGAUCUUUGUAUAUGGAUCAGUGGAACACCCCUGAAUACUCUCCGAAGCAUCUCCCAUCGGCACUCGGAGUCGAAAAUGUGGCUUCAAAAGGCGAUGGAUCUGAGAAAGCGGUCCCAAUCUCGGAUGCGCCGGCGCAGUCGACGUCGUAUUCCAGUGCGCCAGAUUUACCCAAAAAUCUUUGUGGAGAUGCCGCGGAUAGCGAUAGCGAUGAAAAGGAUUCUUGGGAGAACCUUGAUGAUACGAAAUUGGAGCAGCAGGUAAAAGCGUUGAAGCUGGAAGUCGCUGCCAAGGCUGCAAAACCUCGUAUCAAUUACUUCGCCCCUCCUAUUGUUACUCACUCUUCGUCGUGGGAUCCUUCGUUUCUGGGUCAUGUCUUGGAAGCUUAUGACAUUCCCGAAUAUAAAUUGGCCGAAGACGUAACUAAUGCUCUGGCAUCCACCGAUUGGGGUAAUGCAGUCGUAAAAUGGUUAGAGCGGAAAUUGGUUUUCGUCGUUUUUGCCAGUGAACGACAAGCCAAAGACGCUCUGGUCCUUCACAAACACCAGUGGCUGCGUCUUCGACCGCUCUCAAAGUCUCCGGCACAUGUUCAAGAAAAAGCCAAAGAGAUCCAGGGGCAGCUGAGGCCCGCUAGGGCUCGCCCGAAAACUAACGCAGUCGUUGCGCGUCGCAUGGUGGAACACACUCUUGGGUUGCGUUCUUCAAUAUCAAAGGAACAGCGCGAGGCUGAAAGAAAGCAGCUGUCAGAUGCAAGAGGUAUGAUCGCUAUGCCGUGUUCACUCCAGGCAACUGCAAACAUAGUCUGGUAUCAUGUUAUACCCUUUCGAGUAAGAACAUGCCAUUUAUCAGCAGAACGGCAGAUGUUUUCUAACACCUACAUGCUCAUAUGA